UUUUUUUGCAUCCGGUUCAGUCGUCUCCUCUAAGUGGAGCUCACUGAAGAGGCACGUGCGCUGCUGGAUGGAGCUGGUCGCUGGUUGUUACGAGCAGGUCCUUUUUGGAUUCACUAUACACCCGGAGCCCAAGGCGAGCGGCGACCACGAGAAAUGGUCUCCCGUGGCUGACUUCACUCACCAUGCCCACACUGCCUCCUUGUCAGCGGUAGCUGUAAAUAGCCGUUUUGUAGUCACCGGAAGCAAAGAUGAAACAAUUCACAUUUAUGACAUGAAAAAGAAGAUAGAGCAUGGCGCUCUAGUGCAUCACAAUGGUCUUUUAUGGUGUUACUAUUUCUAUCCUAGGGUAAAAGACAUUUUCAGUUUUGAAAUUCCAGAGCAUCAUGUUAUUGUUACAGCAUCGAGUGAUGGUUUCAUCAAAAUGUGGAAGCUUAAGCAGGAUAAGAAAGUUCCCCCAUCUCUACUCUGUGAAGUAAACACUAACGCCAGGCUGACAUGUCUGGGAGUGUGGCUAGACAAAGUGCCAGAGAUGGAAGCAAGCCUGCCUGCAGCUGCAGAGCCUUCUCCUGUAAGUGAAGAAAAACAGUCCAAAAUCAGCAAAAAGGAAUCUGGUGACACCGUGCAGGAAGAAGAAAAGCAGUCAAAACCUAACGCAAAGAAAUGCGGUUUAACCGCUAACGUUAAUAAACCAAUAAAAGGAAAUAGCCUGUUAAUGGGUUAUAAAGGAUGUCCCCAAGAAGGGAGGGGGGCAUGA